UGAGCCCUCAUCAGGCUUUAGCACCAGCAGCAAGUGAGCAGCAAGUCUCUGCAACUAAAAUGAAACAAACCUGAUGAAAGAAUGCAACAGAGGAGGCAGUCCACUGCACGGUGACAAACCCUCUAAUACAGAAACCUAGCUACGAUGGCUUGUGAAGGUGACAAGAAUAUGUAUGUAUCCACAUUUAGUCUAGUGCUGAAACCAGCAGCUCCAACAGUGCAGCUAAGGAGGAUGGAGAAUGGGACAUUAAUUGAACAAACACUGGCAGACAAAGGGAAGACAGAGCUGGACCAAGACAAAACCCAGACAAGAGAUGAGGGGUCAGUUGAUGUGAAGAAUAAAUAUCUUGAAUCUCAGAGCACAGACAAGAAGGAAGAAAAGAAGACUGCAGUUGCACCUAAAAGAAGGGCCUGCAGUGACAAAGGCCAUGGUGUGGUGAAGUUUCUGGACCCAGUGGACAAGGUGCAGGUUCGCUUGGGGGAGCGCGCUCAACUGUACUGCUCCUUCAGGAGCUUGGGACCUACAGCUUCCUGCUGGAUCCACGACCAAGAAAAGGUUGUAGUGAAUGGAGAGCGUACUCGUAUAGAAAGCAGCAGUAACCACAACAUCCUCACUAUCUCGGAGGUACUACCUGUGGACACAGGACGCUACUCUCUCUUUGUGAGAAAUCACAGAGGCACUUUUCAGCACACAAUCAUGCUCAGCAUCAGAGAUCGGCCUGAGCGUCCUGCCUCCUGUCCUUUUGUGUCGCAGCUGACUCCCAGCUCCUUGGUGCUCUCCUGGUGUGGCCCCAGUUACGAUGGUGGCUCGCCUGUCAUGGACUACGUGGUGGAGAUGCAAAACCUAGACCAGUCUGAGUCUGGUGACUGGAAUGAGCUCACCUCCCAGUGUAAGGACACCACGUAUCGGGUUACCUCGGGCCUCCAUCCACAGGGAGAGUACCGUUUUCGUGUACGGGCCUGCAAUGCCAUAGGGGUCAGUGAACCCAGUGAAGAGUCGGACUGCAUCAGCAUGGAAACUGCAGGGGAGCCACAAGAGGAAGAGACUCCACCAUAUGUAGAUUUUAUCAUUGACACCACCCACAAAGUCAAAGAUCACUACAACAUCCAUGAAAAAUUAGGAGUAGGGAAGUUUGGGCAGGUGUUCAGACUGACCCAUAAGGAGACUAGCCGGGUGUGUGCCGGAAAGUUCUACCGUGCGCCUGGGUCCAAAGAAAAAGAAGCUGCGCGUGGAGAGAUCGAACUGAUGAAGCAGCUGCACCACCCUAAGCUUGUGCAGUGUCUGGGGGCCUAUAUCAGUCGCUCUGAGAUUGCCAUGAUCAUGGAGUAUGUUGCUGGCGGUGAACUGUUCGAACGCAUCGUGGCUGAAAACUUUGAGCACACAGAGCCGACCAGCGUGCAGUACAUGCGGCAAAUCCUGGAGGGUGUCCAGUACAUGCAUCACAAGAGCAUCAUCCACCUUGACCUAAAACCCGAGAACAUAGUUUGCGUCAACUCCACAGGGACUCUCAUCAAGAUCAUCGACUUUGGCUUGGCCAGAAAACUGGAACCAGGGAAACCUUUAAGAGUGAUGCAGGGGACGCCGGAAUUUGUGGCACCAGAGGUGAUCAAUUAUGAGCCAGUGGCUCUGCCCACAGACAUGUGGAGCAUAGGGGUCAUUUGCUACAUUCUACUCAGUGGGGAGUCACCGUUUCAGGGAAGCACUGAUGCAGAGACACUUGCACUUAUAACUGCGGCAUCCUGGGAGUUCGACACAGAGUUUGAUGACAUCACAGAUGAAGCCAAAGACUUCAUCUGCAAGCUUCUGAAGAAGGAGAAAGGGGCCAGGAUGUCAUGUGAGCAGGCUUUGAGUCAUCCUUGGAUGCUCUCAUCCUCUCUUUCUCACCGUGGCACAAAAAACCUGAACAAGGAUAAAAUGAAGCGAUUCCUGGCCAGGCAAAGAUGGAAGAAAACGGGUAAAGCUGUGUUGGCACUGAAGAGGAUGACCAAUCUCUCGCACAGAUCGGAUGGUGCAGACUCUCCUUCCAGUUCCAACUCUCCUUCCUGUCCCAUGAGUGACACAGAACUGGGUACAGAGGCCUGUCAAGCUGUCAGGUCCCUGGAGCAGCAGCUGAGGAGCGAGCCGAGUUUCCCGCAGACCCCGCAUGACCUCACCGAGCCCUGCGGGGCGAAUGUGCAUAUGGCCUGUGUUAUCGAAGGUUACCCUGAGCCAGAAGUAGUGUGGCUGCUAAAUGAUGAGCCACUGGAAGAAACUGAGCGUGUGCAGAUUGAAUACAAGGAAGACGGCCUUUGCAUCCUCACCCUGUCAUGCAUACAACUAGAGGAUUCUGGGAUAUAUGAGUGCCAUGCCUCCAACUACCUCGGUGAGGCGCUGUGUUCCGCCCGACUCACUGUGCACAGAUAGAGUAAUGGAACACUCAAGCAUGCCAGACAGGGAGGGACAGUUAUAUUGUACGUUUGGUUUUAAUUUUGAGCACAGGCACAUCUUGCAGAUGGGUUCUGCAAAUGCAGACAAAGGAAAAUGUUAAACAUCUUGGCAUCAAGACCUCACAGACUCACAAAGCACUUAUUGCGCAUUAAAUACACCAUAGCACGAUUCACAGCUAUACUCAUGGUGGACUUUUCUAGGUGUGUUGCUGGGGUGCACCCACCAACCUUUCUGUAAUUAUGGGUUAUAGGUCCUAUAGUAAGAGCCCCCCCCCCCCCCGCUCAGUUUGUUCCUAUAAUAUUUGGUACUCACUUUCAGAAUGUUGAGCUUCAUAGCAUUUACUAUUUAAAUGGCUUUUAGACUGAGGUAAAUGUUUUAAAUCUAUGCUUAGACUUUACCCCAUACCAAGCUUGGUGAUUUUUAUAUAAUUUAAGAACUCAGUAUGUUAAUCUAUUCACUUUUUAUUUAAUAAAAAUCUUAUUUUUGGCUCUACCGUUUUGAGCUUGUUGGUCCUUUGUCCUUUCAUUCCACACAAAAUACUUCAUAUUGUAUAAUGAGGGUGAAGUCUGGAAUUGCCUGUUUUGAAAUAACUUUAUUUUAAAAAAUUGCAUGACCAUUCUUUACCUAAGGCAAUCUAUGCAUAUUUUAGCAUACUUUAGGUAUUUUAAGAUAUAGCAGAUUAAAUCUCGUCUGCUUCAGGAGACACUACACUGCUUGUCUUAAUCACUCAUUAAGUGGAUUUCAUAGCUUUAACAUGAUGCAACAUAUUAUAAAUCUAACAUUAAACCAAGCCAUGUCUCAUAAGCCUCACAGCAGGUCAAGGGUCAGUAACUAUAGUGGCAUCAGUUAGCAGACACAGGCUACCAUUAUGCUUUUAUUUUUUAGACAGGAUAACAUUUGCUUCCUGAGGGUAUUUAAAGGUUAUUUCUGACAAACCAAUCUAGUCAGUACCUGGACAAGUAUAAGUACACAACAGCCCUAGGAUCACUUGUGCGCUGUCUCUACAAGCAUUAACAAAAGGCCAGGCGAAACAGAACAGAUCCACUUUGGCACUCUUGCUUAGAAGUCAGGUAGAGGGGCAGCUAAAUUGCUUAUGCACCCAAUUCUGUACUUGUUCUUACUAGUAAAAAUAACCAAUAAUUAGAUUGUACAAGUAUCUCCUCACUUUAACUGGUGAACAACUGCAAAGUGACAAUUUUGUUGUAAAAUAAGGAUGUCAUAUUUGUAAUAACUGCACUUUCUUGCUCCCUUCUAGUACUAGGCAAUGGAGGUUUUUUUUAGUUCUUUCAGUCUGUCUAGAUGUUUAAUCAAUUCAUUUGACUGGCAUUAGUCCUUCUCAGGAAUUCUAUAAUUUCUAUUUUACAGGUCUUGUAAGUGCAUGAGCAUGAAUUGAAAUAACUCCCCCAUGACCAUAUUAAGUCUGUCACAGAGUUAUAGAAUAAAGACCAAAGAAUUUUAAAAUAAUGCAUGUGAAUGACUGGCUCACUUUCUCAAAAACAUACAAAUCCAAAAAGAACAGAUGAGGGGGAAAAAAAUAAUAAUAAUCAAGCAAUUCUAAAAAUGAUUUCACAAUAAAUAGGCGUAUCAAUCACCAUAUUGUUAAUCACACAAGUGUCUCUUAGCCCACAAAUAAGCCACAUCAGGGAACUGCUACACAAUCACUGCAAGACCACAGCCACUAAACACAGCAAUAGGCAUUUGUCAUGUGCCCUGUAAGUAAUCUCAGAGCCAGAGCAGUUCUACCUCUGUGGCCAUUCCCAAUCCAUUCCAAGAACCAAUGCCUGCUUGUACCAAUCUUUCAGGUUUAAACUCCAAUACUGGGUACAGUUCCAGGUGUAGUAUGAUGGUGCUGUCCAGUCCUGCUGCACCUACAGACAGCUUCUCAACUCCAAGAUCCAUUCAUGUAAACACCUCAACACUUGGGGUUUUCAGGUUUCACCUAGAAUACAGGUAAACGCCUUUCAAGUA